AUCAUCAUCAUCAUCAUCAUCAUCAUGCAUGAGCUGGUGACCGGGACAGCUUCUCCGAUGAACAAUGAGAGUGUGGUGGCGUGCGAGCAUCCGUACGAUGACGGCCGUCUGCCGCUGGUGCUGCUGUACAGUGUCGUGUUGUUUGUUGGACUUCCUGCAAACCUGCUGACGGUCUAUCUCACCUGGCUGCAGGUACGCAGGAAGAACGUGCUGGGCGUUUACCUGUGGAGCCUGUCUCUGUGUGACCUCACCUACUUGUUGACGCUGCCCCUGUGGGCGGACUACGUGAGCCGAGGUCACCUGUGGCCGUGGAGUUCAGCCGCCUGUAAGCUGACGGGUUACAUCUUCUUCAACAACAUGUACAUCAGCAUCUUCCUGCUCUGCUGCAUCUCCUGCGACCGCUACUUGGCCGUGGUCUACAGCGUGGAGGCCCGUGGUCUGCGGCGCCAGCGCAUCGCCGGCCUCAUCGCCCUUGUCAUCGUCCUGGUGGUCGCCGUCGGUCACGUCCCCGUCUUCACUAUGAGAGAGGGCGACGCCGGUGAGGGCAACCGGCGCUGCUUCGAGCCAAUUCAGAGCAGAGUGGUCACGGGCUUCAACUAUGGUCGCUUCAUGGUCGGCUUCCUGAUCCCGCUGCUGCUGCUGGUGGUGACGAAUCACGGCAUCAUGGUCAACGUGCAGCGCAGCACGGGGCUGCGGCGGGAGCAGAAGGAACGUGUCUGCUGGCUGGCGGCGGCAGUGGUGGCCCUGUUCCUCGUCUGCUUUGCCCCGUACCACCUGAUCCUACUGGCCCGGGCCAUCAUGUUCCACUUCUACUCGCCGGAGGAUGGCGCCUGUCAGAUCGAGAAGCUCAUGUACACGCCCUACACCAUCUCCCUCGGCCUGUCUACCGUCAACAGUGCCAUCAACCCCAUCCUCUACGUCCUGUCCAGCGACAACAUCCGCAAAGAGCUUAGCCGAGGCCUCGCCCAGGUCUGCGACCGAGCACACCUGAGACCGCGAUCCGACAGCAGCCAGAACAAGAUCCAGCCCAUCAAGAACUCCUCAGAGUUGAACGAAGCAACCGAGAGGCAACAAGGAGGAACACCACCAGGUACCUGACGGACCGACCUAGAGGUCCCUACUCGAGUCCACAUGGCUUCGCUGGUCCCUGCUGAUCUCUGCAAGAGUUAAACACUCUCUGCUGGAUGUUGCUGGACUCUCUGGGCCUUUCAUGGCCUGUAGUGGACUGUGCUCUGUUCUUACAGUCUCAGCAGUUGUGGGCCUAAAACAUAUACACUUUGCCUGAAGGUGGCGCUAGAGGAAAAAUCAUGGUGUCACUCAUCCUCCGGAGUCCAGGACCAGGGACUUUGAGGAACUGGACUCACUGUCGUUUUGUCGUCGUCGUUUCUGUGAACACAAGAAUCAAUGAUUCCACUUCUUAUUAGAAUUCAUUAGAUCACCACGUGUCUGAAACUCGUUUCUCACCAUUGGCAGCUCAUCAGGGUCACAUCCUGCCACGGUAGAUCACCAUGGCAACCGAUGCUGAUGGUUGACAGCCCAAGUACUGACCAAUCAGAUCACUGGAAAGGCUGAGUGAUGAAUCCUACAGGAUCCUGAUGGGGACAGUAGAUGUUAGUAUAUGUCUCAAUGUCAGAGACAGAGGGAGGGAGACGCUCCUCCUUUGGUCCAACAUGUGGACACACUGGAUCUAAAGACUGUCCACAUGUCUUCAGUGAAACCUGAACCAGCUCCUCCAGAGUCCUGAUGUGUUGGAGAUAUGAGUUUUCCAGCUGACAGCAGGGACUUCC